AUGAGUGGGUUGAGAGAUGCUCAUGAAUAUCUCACGUGGAAUGGAGGGGAGUUGAAUGCGCUUGGAGAAUUGGGAAUAGCGGAACAUGCGCUACUCACGGCGCAGAAUAUGAAGAGCUAUCUUGAUUCGGGAUAUACGAUGUGUUUUGGAGCUGCCUCCGCAAAUGAUCGUCUAGAUGUUGUCAUCCGCGAUAUGAUCAAUGCAAGUGAUAUUCCAGGCCCCCGAUACCUGGCUAAUGACAUGGAAAUAGCGAAGAGAGAUGGAGAUUUAGUGCCGGGAAUCACAGCCUAUGGCCUAUUCUUCACGUUACGUAUCUGUUUAGCCGAUUUUAUCAUUCAACCGUAG